AUGGCAUCAAUGACGGACCAGCAGGCCGAGGCGCGUGCCUUCCUCAGCGAGGAGAUGAUCGCAGAGUUCAAGGCCGCCUUCGACAUGUUUGACGCGGACGGCGGCGGGGACAUCAGCACCAAGGAGCUGGGCACGGUGAUGCGCAUGCUGGGCCAGAACCCCACCAAGGAGGAGCUGGAUGCCAUCAUCGAGGAGGUGGAUGAGGACGGCAGCGGCACCAUCGACUUCGAGGAGUUCCUGGUGAUGAUGGUGCGCCAGAUGAAGGAGGACGCCAAGGGCAAGUCCGAGGAGGAGCUGGCCAACUGCUUCCGCGUGUUCGACAGGAAUGCGGAUGGCUUCAUCGACAUGGAGGAGCUGGGUGAGAUCCUGCGGGCCACGGGCGAGCACGUCACCGAGGAGGAGAUCGAGGACCUCAUGAAGGACUCGGACAAGAACAAUGACGGACGCAUCGACUUUGAUGAGUUCCUCAAGAUGAUGGAGGGGGUGCAGUAAGGACCAGACAUUCCCGGGGCGC